AUGACUCAGGUGACAAUAACAGAUGGAUCCGGUUGGGAUCCAAUGAAGUGUACUCUGGUUUGGUUUGUCAGUGGCCUUUCACUAGUUGCCAUCGUGGUGAUCCUUUCAGUGUUGGUUGUAUCCCAACAAGCUUCCGAUGUUUCCCACACAGUCAUGGAUGUUGGUUCCACAGCUCCAAGCCCGCUGCCAACAACAGCACCGACCUCAAUAAAGUCCUACCUGCUCAGCCUGCUCCCCGAUGAAACUAUCGUUGCCUUGAAUGACGAUGAAUCUCCUCAAUCGCAAGCCUUUGAAUGGCUACUUGUUGAUCCCUUCCUUGAUGAAUUUACCGAGUGGCGUAUCCAACAAAGGUUUGCACUGAUGACACUGUACUAUGCAACUGGUGGAAACAGCAACUGGUUUAACAACACGAAUUGGGGGAGCAGCAUCAAUGAAUGCUACUGGUUUGCAGCUGCUCCUUGUGAAUGCGACGUCAUUUUGAAGCUCCCAGUGGACAAUGACACAAAGGUUGACUUGCUGUCAACCAAUCCUUGUGGAAUUGGCUAUCAAAGCACACCCAAUGACACAGAACUCAGUAGUGGAACUUUUGGUGGGCGCUACCAGAAUUUGUUGCUGAGUCAAAAUGGAUUGCAGGGAGCCAUACCUGAAGAGGUGUUUUUACUGCUUACGUCUUUGUCGAACUUCCAGGUCCAUCUAAACGAAUUGUCGGGCAGCAUCUCCACAUUUGUGCGGGAGCUUUCAAGUCUUCAAAUAUUCUCAGUUUUCAACAAUCACUUAUCUGGGACCAUCCCAACUGAGCUCUUUUUUAUUCCCACCCUGUUGGAAAUUGAUGCAUUCCACAAUGAAAUCACAGGUACCUUGCCAUCUGAAGUGGGCAUCCCCGACCUCGCAGGUCUCCUUUUCGAUGGAAAUCUACUCACAGGGACUCUGCCAUCAGAGCUUGGUGCUCAAGUAGCUAGCAGCUUGAUGACGAGAUUGUACCUGAAUGACAACAGCUUUCAAGGUACACUUCCUUCUGACAUAGGACACCUCACGUUGCUCGAACCAAUCUUUGUUAGUUCAAACCUGCUGUCAGGAACUCUACCAAGUCAAUUGGGCCUCCUUACCAACUUGCACACCAUAAGCUUCCGUAGGAAUUUGUUCACCUGCAGUCUUCCCUCAGAUCUUGGCAAGUUGACAAGUCUGUUGAAUUUGGGUCUGAAUAACAAUCAGCUUGAUGGUACCAUACCAUCUGAAGUGGGCAAUAUGAGGUCACUGGUUGCCUUUGUGGUGCAUUUCAAUGCACUAACUUCUUCAAUCCCAACAGAGCUUGGAAGACUGGAAAGCUUGGACACACUUGCCUUGCUGAAUAACUUCUUGUCAUGUACCAUACCAACUGAGCUGGCAAUGUUACACCAGCUUCGGAAAAUGUAUUUGUGGACCAACGAGUUGACUGGGCCAAUUCCUUCCGAAUUUGGUGUCCUCCCCAAGCUGAAUUUCUUGUCAAUUGAAGAGAAUCAGCUAAGCUCAAUGGUGCCCACUGAGUUGGGCCGGCUUUCCCAACUAGAGGCCCUUUACGCUCAUCGAAACCAGUUAUCUGGACCAAUCCCAUCAGAACUUUGAUUGCUUACAAGCU